AUGUCUCCGCUCCAUAAUACCGUCAUUGUCAUAACCCUCCUCUGCAUCGCGCUCUGCAGCGCCGGCAUUUUCUACACCACCUUCCAAAUCAUCCGCAUCCUGAGGUGCACAUCCAACCAGUUCCUCGUCUUUGCGGCCGAGCUCCUCGACCUGCUCGACCCACCCCCUCCACCGUCACCAGCUGCCGUGAAUGGCACGCCGUCGGUGCGCUCCUCCUCAAUGGCGAGCGACUCGGGGCUCGGCGACCUCGUCGCCGGCCAUGCCGGCCGGGACGCCCCGCUCAGCCCCGUACUAGCAGGCUCGCCACCGCCGUUCACGGAUUUCAGAGUGCUUCCGCUGAACGAAGAGGGGCUGUGGCCGGUGUCAAGGUCGCCUAGUCCGCAGGAACGAGAGAAUCUGGGCCUGGUGAUGUGUUCGCGGGAAGAGUCGCCCAACGGCAGGCAAUUGGGCUAUCCGGCGGCUCGGGAAGGGAGGACGUACGCAAGAUGGAGGACGAGGAGCCCGGGACUCAGUCUCAGCCCGGGUGCCUCAGUCUCUAGACACGAGUGUCGACUGUAA